AUGGAUGCGGCAGUUAAGCAGCACAAGCACCUAACGGGCAUUCCUGUCAGCAGCUACAAGAACGCUGUUCCGAAGAUUCUUAUCGGGAUCGAUAAUUUGCGGCUAGCGCUACCAUUGAAAGUACGAGAAGGAGAAGAUGGGACGGCGCCGGUGGCGGUGAAAACCAGACUAGGUUGGUGCGUCUACGGUCCCCAUGAAAGCAGUAAACAAGAUUCAUACAGUUUCCACAUCUGCGAAUGUUCCUGUGAUGAAACACUUCACGAGGCGGUGAAAGACUUCUUCGCCAUUGAAGGAGCAGGAGUAUGUCCGACAGUAAUCCCGAUGAAGCAGGAAGACGAACGGGCGCUAACCAUAAUGGAAGCCACAACUUACCGUGUUGGAAACCGCUUCGAAACGGGACUAAUUUGGAAAGAAGACCACGUAGAGUUCCCGAACAGCUAUUACAUGGCAGUGCGUCGGCUGGAAUGCCUAGAGCGCAGGAUGGAUCGUGACACGGUACUGAAGGAGAAUCUACACCGACAAAUACGCGAAUACGCAGCAAAAGGAUACGCGCACAAGGCUACGAAAGCAGAAAUGGAAGCAGCGGAUCCAAGGAGAGUAUGGCACCUCCCAGUCGGAGCGGUGAUGAACCCAAAGAAACCGGGGAAAGUCCGCGUUAUUUGGGACGCUGCGGCUAAGGUCGACGGCGUAUCGCUCAACAGUGCACUCCUCAAAGGACCAGAUCAACUCUCUUCUCUUCCCGCGAUUCUUUUCCGUUUCCGACUGUACGGGGUGGCAGUCAGCUCGGAUAUCCAGGAGAUGUUUCACCAGAUCCGAAUCCGAAAAGCAGACAAGAACUCCCAACGCUUCCUGUGGCGAGACAACCCGUCUGAGAAGCCCACAGUAUACCUGAUGGACGUUGCCACAUUCGGCAGUACUUGUUCACCGGCAUCAGCACAGUUCGUUAAAAACAGGAACGCCGAGCAACACCGAGAGCUGUAUCCGGAAGCGGUAAAAGCGAUUAUUAACGACCACUACGUUGAUGAUUAUCUGGCGAGUUUCAGCACGGAAGAGGAAGCAGCAAAAGUGGCACGCGAGGUACGACACGUACACGGCAACGGAGGGUUCGAAUUGCACAACUGGCGGUCGAACAGUAGCACGGUGCUAGAACGACUGGGCGAAGUUCCACUUGCAGCCGAAAAGCAACUGAAACUCGUUGAUGGAGUGAAUACAGAGAGAGUGCUCGGAAUGCUAUGGAGUCCUUCAACCGACGAGCUGAGCUUUUCCACCCCGAUGAGUGUAGAAGUCCAGUCACUGAUUCAAACGGCCACGCGGCCGACAAAGAGGCAGGUACUACGAUGCGUGAUGACUCUAUUUGAUCCAUCGGGAUUGCUCUCACCGUUCCUCAUCCAUGGCAAAGUUCUUAUCCAAGACAUUUGGAGAGAAGGCACUGAAUGGGACGAACAAGUCAGCACAAACGUAUUUGCGAAAUGGCAGCGGUGGGUGCAGAUGAUUGAGUACAUCUCCGGGGUGCGCAUUCCUAGAUGUUAUUUCCACCAUGCGAAUCAUAAGACCUAUCACAACUCCGAGCUCCAUGUGUUCGUUGACGCAAGCGAGGUAGCGUACUCUUGUGCGAUCUAUCUGCGCACUCUUAGUUCAGAAAUGGGUCCGCUGUGCUGCUUAAUUGCUGCCAAAUCCAAAGUUGCUCCGCUAAAGCCGUGGUCUAUUCCCAGACUAGAACUACAAGGCUGUGUCUUGGGCGUACGUUGGUCGAAGUUCGUCCGAGAAAAUCACGGUAUUCCUGUAUCCAAGAUGGUGUUUUGGACGGAUUCCAGAACAGCCCUGGCCUGGAUCAUGGCCGACCCUAGGAGCUUCCGACAAUUCGUGUCCUUCAGAGUAGGAGAGAUUCUGGAGCACACCACGGCAAGCGAAUGGCGAUGGGUGCCAUCAAAGUCAAACCCAGCAGAUGAAGCGACUAAAUGGGGCAGCGGUCCGUACUUCGACCCAAACAGUAAGUGGUUCCAUGGUCCGGACUUCCUGCGCCUACCGGAGGAAGAGUGGCCUCAUCCAAAAGAGCCGGUGAUGGUUACUACCGAGGAGAUGCGGGCAUCGAUUCUGCACCACUGUUCAUUCGAGCCGGUGAUUGACUUCGACCGAUUCUCUUCUUGGGAUCGGCUACUACGAGCAACCGCAUUCGCUCUCCGAUUCGUACGCAAUACGACCAAGAUGCACCUGAAAUACACAGGACAACUUCAGCAGUCUGAACUUCGAGCAGCAGAAACUACGAUAUGCAAGCUAGUGCAGUACGACUCCUACCCUGAUGAGAUCGCUGCACUGUCCAACAAGGUACCGAACGAAACCGGGCAGGAGGCUAUCGGGAAACACAGCUCCAUCUACCGAUUAAUGCCGAUUAUGGACGACAACGGGUUGCUACGUGAACGUGGCCGGAUCGGAGCAGCUGCAGACAUCGGCUACAACGUGUGUCAUCCAAUUAUACUGCCGAGAAAUCAUCAUAUCACGGAACUUCUCGUUCGUCGAUACCAUGAGCGAUACCGUCAUGGAAAUACAGAAACGGUGGUUAACGAGAUCCGCCAGCUGUACAGCAUUUCAAGACUGCGGUUGGUGGUCAAAAGGGUAAGCCGUGAAUGUACGUUCUGCAAGAUCCGCCGAGCGAAACCAGCAAUUCCACCAAUGGCGCCGCUUCCACCUGAUCGCCUGGCUCACCAUGAACGGGCCUUCACCUACACAGGGGUGGACUAUUUCGGGCCGCUGCUGGUCAAGCUGGGAAGAUCAAACGUCAAACGCUGGGUCGCAUUGUUCACCUGUUUAACAGUACGUGCCGUCCAUCUCGAAGUCGCGUACACACUGUCAACCGAAUCCUGUAUUUCCUGCGUCCGCCGAUUCGUGGGUCGCCGAGGCCCACCCGCCGAAUUCUUCAGUGACAACGGAACAAACUUCCAAGGCGCUGACCGAGUGCUGCGACAUCAGAUUAGCCAGGGACUGUCCGACACCUUCACUAGUACCAAUACUAAAUGGAACUUCAUUCCGCCAGGAGCACCGCACAUGGGAGGAGCAUGGGAACGCCUGGUGAAGUCAGUAAAAACCGCCAUGACCAUGGCGUACUCCGAGGAGAAACUCGAUGACGAGGGGCUGCAGACACUGGUCGUGGAGGCUGAACGUAUGGUGAACUCGAGGCCUCUGACGUAUCUGCCGCUAGAGUCUGAGGAGUCGGAGGCACUUACACCGAAUCACUUUUUGGUGUGGAGCUCAAGCGGGCCGAAGUGGUUCGACGAAACUCGUUCGCUAGAACCAGGAGAUCUGGUGAUGGUCGCAGAACCGACGAAGCGAAACGGAUGGGAACGAGGACGAAUCAUUCGCAUGAUCUCGAAUCCGGAUGGUCGACAUCGUCAGGCCGUCGUACAGAUUGGACAAAAGAGCGUGGUGCGGCCGGUCUCAAGGUUAGCGCUGCUUGACCUCAAGGAUCAUCGUGAGACUCCGGAGAACUUCGGACCACACCCGGGGGAGACUGUUAACGCAGAAGCCGUCAAGCUGGCAACCUUGCCCAACACCGAAUCUGAAGGGCACUCGUCAGCUGUCAAAGCGCCACGUCAGCUGCCGAAGCGCCGCGUCGACGCUGGUGGAAUGACAUCGCUCGUUUGA